GGAUUAGUCACUUAAACCCAAAUGACUAUCGAGAACAAGUGUUAAACAAGCUAUAUUGUUCCAGCAGCAGCAGCAGCAACUGCAUUUCAUCAACCAAAUCCAGAUCCAAUCUCAAACAAUCAUCAAUGGAAGAAUAUCCAGAAGAAUUACGAACACCACCAAUAACCCUAACCUCCCUGGUAGGUUGCCCCGAUCUUCAUCCCUUAAUCUCAACCUAUCUAUUAUCACAACAACCACCAAUCAACACGUUAGCACUUCCAGAUUUAUCCAAAAUCAAUCUCUUCAAUAAGAAGAAACCAGAUCCUGAUUCAAUCGGAAAUACUUCUCAACCUCCCUCCAUCGUUAACGGUAUUUUGAAACGUGAUUGGCUUCUUAAACACCGUACUAAGAUUCCUUCCGUUGUUGCUUCGCUUUUUGCAACGGAUCGUGUUUUUGGUGAUCCUUCUCAGUGGCUUCAAGUUUGCUCUGAUCUUGAUUCCAUCAAAAGUGUUGUUCGUGCAAGGAAUAUUAAAUUAGUUGUUGUACUUGUUCACACCAAUGCAAAUGAUGAGGUUAGCGAAGAUAGAAUAAUUGCGUUACGGAAGCGAGCGGAAUUAGAAGCAAAAUAUGUUGUUAUAUUGAACCCUAAUGAUGAUUCAGAGUUUCAAUUGUCUCUCAAUAGGUUGGCGAAUAUAUUUUCAGAAUUAUCGGGUGUGUAUUAUAGAGAAGAAGGAAGGAGGGUUAAACAGAGGAUAGAGAAGAAGAAUGUUAGCUCUGUUGAGUUGAUUGUUCGCUACUGCUUCAAAGUUGCUGUAUAUGCAGAAUUUCGAAGUGACUGGACAGAAGCAAUGAAAUUUUAUGAGGAGGCCUAUCAUACACUGCGAGAGAUUGUUGGAGUGACAACAAGGUUACCAGCUGUACAACGCUUAGUUGAGAUAAAAUCUGUUUCUGAACAAUUGCAUUUCAAGAUAUCAACAUUGUUACUGCAUAGUGGGAAGGUUACAGAAGCAGUGACAUGGUUCCGCCAGCACAAGAAUACAUAUAAAAGGCUAGUUGGUGCUCCAGACGCAAUAUUUGUUCACUGGGAGUGGAUGAGUAGACAAUAUUUGGUAUUUGGUGAACUGUUGGAGACGAGUUCAAAAAUCACUCAAAACUUUCCACCUGUUAUUUUAGGCUCUUCAUCCAAACCACUGUCAGAGUGGGAAUAUUAUCCUGCUUAUUACUAUCAGUUAGCAGCUCACUACAUGAGUGAAAAGAGGUCAGCACUGGAGCUUGCAAUCUCAAUGUCAGAAACUCCCAAUGAGGUUAAUAGCGGUGCUGAUUCAGUUGUUCCUUCUGCGUAUAUCGGUCAGUUUGCUCGGUUACUUGAGGAAGGGGAUAAUGUUGAUAUGCUACCUCUCACUGAUGAAGAGUACACCCAUUAUACUGUUUCUGAAGGAAAAAGGUUCCGAGAUUCUCUUGAAAUUAUUGCUCUUCUAAAAAAAGCUUAUGAAUCUUACAGUGGUAUGAAAAUUCAGAGGAUGAGUUCCUUUUGUGGGUUCCAGAUGGCCAAAGAAUAUUUUGCUGAAGGUGAUAUUGUCAACGCAAUGCAGCUUUUUGAUAGUAUUGCUAGUCUAUACAGAAAAGAGGGAUGGGUAACUUUAUUGUGGGAGGUCCUGGGUUACUUGCGAGAGUGCUCACGGAAAAAUGGUACUAUUAAAGAUUUUGUGGAGUAUUCCCUUGAAAUGGCCGCACUCCCAAUAUCAUUCGAUACCGGUGUCCAGAGAGACACUGGUCCAGCUGGUCCGGCAAAUCUACGGCAAAGAGAAGUUUUACACAAGGAGGUUUUUGAGCUUGUUGGUGACGCUUCAGUGUCUUCAAAGAGUGAAGACUCUAGUAAUCUCAAGAUUACUGCUGAUGAAUCAGUUCAGCUUGAGGUUGAUCUUGUCAGUCCGCUUAGGUUAGUCAUGUUUGUGUCUGUUGCUUUCCAUGAACAGACAAUCAAGCCUGGAGCCUCAACUUUGAUAACAAUAUCACUUCUUUCACACUUACCACUUACUGUUGAGAUCGAUCAAUUAGAAAUCCAGUUCAACCGAUCUUCUUGUAAUUUCUUCAUAACAAAUGCCCAAAAUCAUCAAUCUGUAGAAGGCAGUGAUACUCAACAGCAGAGAACAGAAAGAGCACCGUCUCUUUUGCUUGUAUCUAAUAAAUGGCUACGGUUGACGUAUAAUAUCCAAUCUGAUCAAAGUGGAAAACUUGAAUGCCUGUCUGUUAUUGCGAAAAUUGGACCACACUUCACAAUCUGCUGCAGAGCUGAAAGUCCUGCUUCACUGGAUAGCUUACCUCUCUGGACAUUGGAGGAUUGUAUACAAACUGUUCCCAUAAAAGAUGCAGUGCUUGUGUUCUCUGGCCAGAAGUCUACCCAAGUGGAAGAACCAGAUCCACAGGUAGAUCUGUGUCUUGGUGCCUCAGGUCCUGCGCUAGUGGGAGAGGUUUUCCUGGUACCUGUAACAUUGGUCUCCAAAGGCCAUGAUGUCUACUCCGGUGAAUUGAAGAUCAAUCUUGUGGAUGUGAAGGGAGGUGGCUUGUUUAGUCCAAGAGACUCCGAGCCAUAUUCUAUGGACAGCCAUCAUGUUCAGCUGCUUGGUAUAUCUGGACCAGAAGGAGAAGAUGAUUCUCAAUUAGAUUCAGAUAAUAUAAAGAAAAUACAACAGUCAUUUGGAUUAAUUUCUGUUCCCUUUAUUAAAAAUGGGGAUUCUUGGUCAUGCAGAUUAGAAAUUAAGUGGCACCGACCUAAACCCAUCAUGCUUUAUGUAUCUUUGGGUUAUACUCCAAAUAGUGGUGAAUCAAAUGCACAGAUGGUCCAUGUCCAUAAGAACUUGCAAAUUGAAGGGACCACUGCUAUUGUUAUUAACCACCAUUACUUGAUGCCAUUCAGACGAGACCCAUUGUUACUCACUAAGAACAAGCAGGUCUCGGACUCUGAACAGAACAAGCAAGCCUCAGAGUCUGAUCAGCCAGAAUCACUGCCCUCGAACCAAAAAACUGUGCUCAUUGUUAGUGCGAAGAACUGCACUGAGGUUCCACUAAGGUUGAAGUCCCUUUCUGUAGAGGAAGAGGAUGGUGUUGAAAGGACGUGUUCCAUACAACAUGGAAGUGAAGAGCUUUCAAAACCCACACUUCUAGUUCCAGGGGAAGAGUUCAAGAAAGUAUUUUCACUCAGUUCCAAUGUGAACAUUUCAAAGCUCAGACUAGGAACUGUGUGUUUGAGAUGGAGGAGGGACAUGGGGGUUCAUGAGAAAUCUGCCUCUACCACAACAUUGUCUUCUUGGGUUGUGACUAAACAAAAACUGCCGGAUAAGAAUGUGGAGUUACCGCCAUUGAUUGUGAGUAUGGAAUGUCCCCCUUAUGCAAUCUUGGGAGAUCCCUUCACAUACUGUAUCAGAAUUUUGAACCAGACGCAAUUGCUGCAAGAAAUCAAAUACUCAUUGGCAGAUGCACAAAGUUUUGUGUUAUGCGGGUAUCAUAAUGACACUGUUUACGUUCUUCCAAAAUCUGAACACAUUGUCAGUUAUAAACUUGUCCCACUUGCCUCAGGCAUGCAACAGUUACCUAGAUUUUCAAUGACAUCUGCAAGAUACUCAGCAUCAUAUCAGCCUUCAAACUCUUCAAACUCAGUUUUUGUUUUCCCUUCCAAACCUCAUUUCAAAACCGCAGGCUCCACAAAUUUUAGGGUGGAGGAGUCUGUAGGUAAUGAAUAAAUCUUGUACAUUGUCAAUUUCUUGAUCGUUUAUUUUUGCCCCUAGUUUUGUAAUCACUUCACCGUACUCCUGUGCGGGGUACAAAAUAUUUUACAUGGAAAAGCUGAGUACAUGGUCUGCUUUUGAUUCCUUGUAACAAGAUAGCGUUUAUCAUAUCUUCUUUUCUAUUUUUCUGUAUAUUCAUUGCUACGUCACUAGACAUAGAGGAGGAACUAGUCGCCGAAGAUGAUGAAGUGCUUUGAGACAGUUGCACUGAAGAGUCUACAAUUUCAACUGUGGGAGGAGCCUGGGUUUGCUCAGUGGGAUACCCGAUCUGCAGGGGUUGAGAUGUCAGAUAAUGCCAUGAUAUGUUUAUUGUUAACCGACAAAUGUACACUGGUUUAGUGCAAUGGGAUGCAAUUCCUUGCACUUUGAAUUGAGAAUUGUGAGCAAGUCUCAGGAGUGGACAAUUUUAUUUAUUUUGAUCUAUGAUUUUCAGUUGAAUAUGUUUUCGACGUUCUGCCUAUGUGUAAAACUCAUACCUUUUGUAAUAGGACGAGAGGCGUCUCUCGUACAUCUAACUCCUCACUUAGUGAUUUGGAUUAGCAUGAGAUAGUUUGCAUUGUAUUCACAAUUUCACA